AUGACUGAUCAGAAGAAAGACGACUGCAGUCUUGAUGACGCCAGAGGUUAUCUUGAGGAAUAUUUCGUGCCCUUGAUGGGAGAAAUACCAGACGAAGGGCAAGGAGGUCUUAAGGCCAUCGACAUCCUUCACGACGUCUUCAACAGUGGUGAAGUUAAAGGGAAAAGACUAAUAGACGUCGGUUCCGGACCUACAAUCUACCAGAUCAUCAGUGCCAGCAGGGUCUUCCCUGAGAUCGUCUGUGCAGAGUACAGUGAGUCCGGCCGAGCUGAGAUACAGAAGUGGGUUGCUGAAGACCCAGGCGCCUUCGACUGGAGUGAAUACGUGCAGUACUUCUGUGACUUUGAAGGAACCAGAGAUAUUUGGGCAGAGCGCCAGAAGCAGCUUCGCCAGGCUAUUACGGCUGUGGUGCCGUGUGACGUGCACAAAUCCAACCCGGUAGAACCGCUACAGUUGGAACCAUUUGACGCUGUGAUGACGCUUUACUGCAUUGAAACUGCCUGCACUGACAGGAAAUCGUACGUGCAGGCAGUCCGAAACGUGUCCAGUUUGCUGAAGCCCGGAGGGACGCUUAUUCUGCAGACAUACAUAGGUACGCUAAGAUUCCUUAGCAACGGUGCAAGCUUCUAUGCAGUAGGAGGCGUCCGACACCCGACGGUGAAGCUGGACGUGGAUUUCGUACUACAGACCAUCUCUGAUGCGGGAUAUGAAGACAUCAAGUGCUCGUACUACCCUGCAGCCAAACGGGAGCGCUACACAACCAGCGAUCUCACAGCUAUAUUACAUUUAACUGCUAAGAAAAUAUAGAAUAGAA